AUGGCCACCUCAAAAACUAAAGGCUCAAAUUCAAGUACACCAACUGCUUCUACAAAUACAACAGUAGCUGUCGGCAACUCAACUUCAACAAAACAUAACGGAAUAAAUUCUGUUGCUGGUGAACUUGGAGCAAAACGUGUUUCAAAAGGAAAAGAGGUUGUAGGAAAAGAAAUUGCUGCUCUUGAUUUUAAUACUUUCGAUAUUUCAGUAUUGCGUAGAUAUAAACGGAUUCAUAAACUGAAGGUUAAGGAUUACGCUACUAAAGAAGAAUUAGUUAGUGCUGUUUCCCGCCAUUAUGCAUCCCAAGCUCCUAAAGAAGUUGAAGCCAUUUCUGCUUUUAUAUAUUCC